GAGCUUCGCUCUCAUCCCUCCAUCUUCUUCUCUCCUUCUCCCUCUAGGGUUUCUCCAUUGAAGGCUAAAGCAAGAGGAAUUGAGCUUCAAGGGACUGUUACUCGCCUUCUCGCCCUUCUCGCCGAUCCAUUUCAACCCGGUUGUGGAAGAGAGGAGGAGCAGGAUGAGUCCUCUUUGUGACUUUUGCGGGGAGCAAAGGUCGAUGGUGUAUUGCCGGUCUGAUGCUGCUUGCUUGUGUUUGUCUUGUGAUCGGAAUGUUCAUUCGGCGAAUGCGCUGUCUCGGCGACACUGGCGGACUCUCGUGUGUGAUCGGUGCAGUGCACAGCCUGCUUUGGUUAGGUGCAUUGAGGAGAGUGUUUCGCUCUGCCAGAAUUGUGAUUGGACUGGACAUGGUGGCUCGGCUUCAGCUUCAGGACAUAAAAGACAGACUAUUAACUGCUAUUCUGGCUGUCCAUCUGCUUCGGAGCUUUCUAGAAUUUGGUCAUUUGUUUUGGAGAUCCCUCCGAUUGCAGAGUCUAGUUGUGAGCAGGGGAUGGGUAUGAUGAGCAUAAAUGAGAACAGUGUCAGUGAUAAUUGGAGACCACAUGCAGAGAAUAGCAGUGGGGCAGACAUACCGUGUGAUAGCAUGGCAAAUAAUGUGGAAAAUGAUGAUAAUAAUUUUGGUGCUUGGCUUGCUUCAACUUCAACAUCUGAUGUACAUCCUAUGUCAUGUAGUGGAGAUCAACCUGCUUGUUCGGUGGAUUCAACGGCACCUAAGCUAUGCUUUUCCGACACUAAAGAUCUUGGAAUUUCCAAGAAUGAAAGCUUCUAUGAUGAUUUCAGUGUCGAUGAUGUUGACUUGACUUUUGAGAAUUACGAGGAACUUUUCGGUGUAUCUCACAACCCUACUGAACAGCUGUUUGAAGAUGCUGGUAUAGAAAGCUUUUUUGAGACGAAGGAAACAUCUGCUGCAAAUUCAAAUUGUCAAGUCAAUCCAGCGGCAGAGGCAAGAACAAUUCAAGGAACUUGCAGUAAUAAUCCACUUUCUGUAGACUCUGCCAUGUCAAAUCCUGGAACCAAAGCAGAUUCUAACUUAUGUUUCCCUGCAAAGGAAGGUCGUCCAGCUCUUUCCCUUUCCUUCUCUGGUUUAACUGGUGAAAGCAGUGCUGGAGAUUAUCAAGACUGUGGGAUGUCACCGGCACUGCUUAUGGGUGAGCCGCCGUGGUAUCCUCCUGGUCUUGAGAGCUCAUCUUUCUCUCCAGCUAGCAGGGACAGUGCUGUCUUACGUUACAAGGAAAAGAAGAAAACACGCAAGUUUGAAAAGAAAAUAAGGUAUGAAUCACGUAAAGCUAGGGCAGACAUAAGAAAGCGAGUGAAGGGACGGUUUGUUAAGGCAGGGGAUGCUUACGACUAUGAUCCACUCUGCCAGACAAGAAGCUGUUAAAAAACUAGACUGUUUUGCACCUAUUAUAUAGCAUUCAACUUAUAAGUUGAUUAAAACAUUUUGGAGAAUGAUGCACUCACCACCCUCACAUAAAGCUGAAAACUGCCCUUCUCAUGACAUAGAAGAACAAAGAAGCUCUGCAACAUGCAUGAAUGGAGAAAAUUAUGAGCUUAAAGUACUCCAUACUAUCAAGGAUUGGGCCAUGGAUGUGUGUUCUAUGCUCCCUGAUAAAGAGGUGUGUGCAUCUUUUUCUUUCUUUCCUUUUUCUUCUUGAAUUUGUACAUGUGCAACAUUCUAUCUACUCUAUCAUCCUCUUUUGCUUCCAGAUCAUGUACCUUUCGCUGCAGGUCAUGGACUUAAAAAAUAUGUCUUAUAUACCUACCCAUUUUGUUUAAGUGUGAAAUUUGUAGAGCAUAAAGUGUCUCGCAACUGAGCGAGUUAUUCAACAUUUGAAUGGCAAACUAUUUUAUUUGGCAAGAGGCUUUUUUGUAAAGUCUGUAAAAAAUAAACCCCCUCAAAAAUGUUGCCUCUUGUGUAUUUGUAGAAUGUAAUUCAGACAAUAUAUAAACCCUGUUUAAAACUCUUCAUUCUUUA